AGUUGCUUCGCCUUUCAACAGUUGCGCAAGAAAGAGACGACGAGUAAUUGUCAUACGGCAAUGGAAUAGUACUAAUUGGGUCUGGGGUUCUCACCAUGUCGGUACCCACGGCCAAUAUCCCGAAAUUCGGGUCUUUCAGACCAAAACUGUCCACGCCUGCUCCAGAGCCAGAGAAAGCCAAAAAUGAAUCCAAGACAGAUAGCAAACAUAGGCAUCGUAAAAAAGAUGAGAAAGAAUUCGAACGUCGGCACCACAAGAGACAGCGCUCCAGGAGCAGAGACAGACGCUCCACGAACCUCGAGGAAGAACCAACAGAUGCCACACCAAAUCUGAGCUCCCCAGACUUUUUUAUCGUUGAUCGGAAAGGAGAUGUGAAAAAUCUCGUCUAUGGAAGUGUACAUCGGUACAGCGUACCUCCAUUCUAUCGAUAUGGCUCUGGCUAUGUUUUGGGAGCUUCCGCGAACGUAAAGAUUGAUCGAAGUCAAGGGGAGGACAAGGGAGUUGUUUUAAGCAAUUGGCGAAUACCUAGGUCAAGAGAGAAGUAUAUUUUUUCAAAAGUUGAGAGAGAACGGCCAAGACUUUUGAAGAUACGACCUGAAGUAUUAGCAGAGACUUCGGGAAAUAUGGAUUUAGAUUUUGUACCUCUGCAAGGACUACGGGGGAAGAAGCCCAAGCGAAGCCCUGGAGCCGAGAGUUCAGACAAUGAAGAGAAGAUAGAUUACCGCUCCAUCUAUGGGAAAACAAAGGAAAGUGGUCAGCCAGCUGAUGAGGAUCUUCAAUAUGCCACUGAAACCGAUUCGUCUGGCUCUGAUGCUGGCCGAGUAAUUAAACUGGACUCUUCUAUACGACAAAAGAACGUCGAACUGUCGCGAAAAGUUGAAAAAGUCCCACAAGAUAUCAUGGCAUGGCUUGCUUUGAUAGACCACCAAGAUGUUCUCAUACAAGCAGGAGAUGAACGCCAUCGAGUCACAAGCGCUGAGAUUAAAAGUACGGCAGAAAUCAAAAUUCAUAUGUUUGAGAAGGCGUUGGAACAAACACGUUCUCUAGAGGACCGCGAGUGGCUGCUUCUUGGCUUGAUGGCAGAGGGAACAAAGAUCUGGGAAGUCAAGGUCCAGUCAGAUCGUUGGGAGGAGAUCUCACAAGACAACAUCGACAGUCUCUUGCUUUGGACGAGCUACUUGAAUUUCAAGCAAUCCACUUUUACAACAUUCAGAUAUGAAGACGUGCGAGAAGUAUAUCUCAACAGAAUCCGCCUCCUGCAAGGCUCGAUUGAAAGUGCCACUGGGGAUUCCUGCAUCGCGCUACAUCAACAGCUUCUCUAUGUCAUGCUCAGACUUACGCUAUUCAUCAGAGAAGCUGGGUAUUCGGAACUGGCUGUUGCGAUAUGGCAAGGUCUUCUUGAGAUGAACUUUAAUGCUCCAAGUGAGCCCCUAGCGAAGAGUGCGUUGAUGGACUCUUUCAAGGAUUUCUGGGAAAGCGAGGUGUCUCGGAUUGGCGAAGCUGGCUCCUUAGGAUGGAAACACUUCGCAGCCAACAGUAGCGAUUUCGAUGUCCCGGACACACUAACCGACGAAGUCAAUGAUUCUCUGAGCAAUACGGACAUCUUCCGAACCUGGAGCGCAGCUGAAAGGAUCCGAAUGAAAUGUUCGCGAACUCCUGCUCGAACUAUGGAUGAAGUCGUGGAAGACGAUCCCUACCGAGUCAUCUUGUUCUCUGAUAUUGAGGAUUUCUUGAUCAAGCUGCCGUCGAGUUCAGAAGCGCUUCAUGGAUGCUGUGUUGAGGCAUUCAUUCUCUUCUGUCGUUUACCACCGCUAGCUACAACCGAAUCCGAGUUCACUUGGAAAUGUGCAAAUGAUUCUUUCAUACGGAAUGAGUUACUUGAAUGGUCGUCCAGCUGGGUAAAGGAUGAAUACUUGUCCUCAAGUCGUAACGAUGCACCCGAUGUCCCAAAGGCCUCCAUUUUACACAAUCCAUUCCCGAAAUGUGUGAGCACACCAGACCUGCUCUUUGGAAACACCCUUGCCGGAAAUGACUAUUUCGGCACCCCUUCAUCCCAAGAAUCUCUUUUCUCAUCUCGUUACUCUGGAGACAAUGGCCCCGUCUCUAUGCUCUGGAUCCGCAACACCCUCUCACAACUCGUACAAGUCCAUUUCACAGAAGACCUCGGAGAAUACUACCUCGCCCUUGAAUACCACCACUCACCAUCUAGCAUCAAAAAGGUUGCCAAAGGUCUUUUAAAGCAACGCCCUUCGAGUCUACGCCUGUACAACGCGUACGCCAUGAUCGAAUGGGCACGCGGGAAUAAGGACAUCGCAAAUGGUGUGUUCACCGCUGCGUUGAAUAUGAGUUCUUCAGGUGCUAUGAACAAAAUGAAUAUCGAGGAAAAACCACCAAAUGAUGCCAUACUCCUAUGGCGAAACUGGGCCUGGCUACAUCUCGAAGCAACAGACAAUACUUCAGCGGUCCAAACCCUCCUCUCCAUCGUAGACGGAAAACCGGAUCCACCGAUCAGCCUCUCUCCCACUGCACUAUUGAGAGUCAGACAGCAUCUAUCGUCUACACGGGAUUUCUUGUGUUUGGUCGGAGAUUUUGGCAGGGCGGUGCUUUACACAGAAUGCCUCGCCCUCCUAACCUACCUCACCUCCCCACCAACCUCCGAGCCACAAUCCCCAACCCAAGGAUCCAUCCUCCCCACUCUCGAUAUCUACACCACAUUCAACCGCACCCUCCUCUCUCGCACGCACUCCUCCUCUCAAGCCAACGCGAAAAUCAACCUCCACAUCCUCACCCUCCACCAAUCCCUGACACGCCUCCUAACCCACCACAUCGCUCUCGGACCCUACCGCCCCUCCCUCCUAACAACCACCAUCAUCUCCUUGCUCAGCGCCUUCCCUUCUCCUACAUACCCAACCCCAACCCCACCCUCCCCCACCCACACAAGCACCCCCCUCCUCCACCUCCUCACCACCCUCCAAAUCCCAGGCCUCAACAACCUAACCUCCCCACUGUACACCCUCCUACAAACCACUCUCCUCACACCCCCGCACGACACCCUCUCAACGCGACUCUUCUCCAUCCAAUACGAGAUCCAGUACGGCACAACCCAUUCCGUCACCGCCGCAUUCGAGAAAGCCCUCACGUCCGAGAGAGGCGGAAAGUCAUCCCCUGGAUUAUGGAAAUUAUAUCUGCUGUUCUCUAUUUUUGGACUUGGUUCCAAUGACAACAGGAAUGAGAAACAAGUUAGUGAAGGAUUAUCAUCACUGCGAGAUAAAGAUAAAGACAAGGCUAAGGCCAAGGCAAAAGCAAAAGCCAACUCCAAAGUAAAAGACAUCUGGUUCCGUGCUCUGCGCGCCUGUCCCUGGUCGAAAGAGCUGUACGUUCUCGGAAUGGAGGAGUUAGGCGAUGGGGAGAGCGGGGUGACGUAUGAGGAGUUGAGGGGGACGUGGAGGGUGAUGGGCGAGAAGGAGUGUAGGGUGCAUGUUGAUCUUGAGGAUGCGUUUGAGGAGAUUGGGGAGCUGCAGCUUGAGCUUGCUGCGAGGGGGGGUGGUAGGCUGGAGCAGAAGAGGGUUGCUUAUAAAUAGUAACUGUAAAACAAUUUAUUCAUGGAACAGCAUCACGCUCGCAGUCAUCCAUAAUCUAUCGUUAC